GUGCCCAGAGCUCGGUGUCAGCCCGGCUGCACGAACGGCACGAACAGCCUUAUCGCCCCGUUAGUCACACCCGAGCUUCCUCUGCCUUCAGCUGGAAGGGCUGGUCCCAUGGGAGAUUACCAGCCACAGUUCUCUGAGGUCUCUAAUCAGUCUUCCCAUUAACAUAUUAAUGAAGCAGUGGAGACAAAAAUAAGGAAGAUUUCAUCCUUCAAACCAAGGAAUUGUCAUGUCUUAUCAUUACAAUGAAGCCUUUGAAAAUCCAGACUACCACUUCUCUGAGACAUUGGAAAUUGAUAGAAGGGGGAGUUCUCAAAGCAAUCCAUUCUCCCACCAAACCCCUUACGAUCCUUCACUGCCCAGUUGCUAUGGAGAAGGCAGAGGGAGGGAGCAGAACUACCCUGUGGCCAUCCCCAUGGCCUCGCUGGGAGCUGGCUCUGAGUGCAGCCAGGACCUACUGAGCACAAGUCCAUAUGGAAAUUUCACAGACAAUCUUUCCUUUGAGCCUGAGCCAGAACUGAAUUACACCCCACAGUCUACCUUCCAUCUGCUGGAUUAUCCCUAUACCCACAGAAUUUCCAGUGGAUCAGAAGACAGCUUCAUUCGGAGACGCAACCGAAGACCACCUGAUGAGAUCUUCAUGGCUUCUUCCAUGUUUGAAACAGAUCCAGCGUGCAGUGAAGAGGAAGAUUUAGUUGGAAGUCUUGCAAGUAUGUCCAUCAAUGAAAGGAUUAAAGCAAUCCAGAAGCUUCCAGAGACCAUGAGAAAAAGGAGAGAGAUCAGAAAUAAAGUUCUUAAAGAAAUAACAAAAAAGUCAAGGCACCGUGGUGCUCACCCUUCCUGCUGUACACGGUGUCUGCAGGGAGCAGCAGUGUCAUUUCGGCGAUUUGGAAAUACUCUUUCAGAAUAUUUUCACCUACUGCAGAUUUGGCACAAGGCUCUGAAGAUCAUUGGUGCUGAGUUUGGAACAAGUGUUCUUUCUUACUUUGUUUUCUUGAAGUGGCUGCUAAAUUUUAACCUCUUCUCAUUCCUCAUAAACUUUGGUUUCAUCACAAUUCCUCAGUUUCUUGCAGCAGAACCAAAUAACCUUUCAUUCACGGGCCUGGAGCUGCUCACUGGAGCUGGUUAUUUUCAAAAAACAGUGCUCUACUAUGGCUUUUACACCAAUGCUACAAUCAGUAAAAUAGAGAAUGGUCCAUCUUACAACAUGCAGCUGGCCUAUAUUUUCACUGUUGGAACAUAUUUUGUCAUCUGUUUUCUUAUCUUGUUGUUCAGCAUGGCAAAAUCCUUCUCCAGGAACUUAGUUAACCCUCAGGGAUACUCUGGGAAUGCCAGCAAGCUGCUCUGCACUUGGGACUUCAAUAUAACUAAUGAAAAAGCUGUGAAGCUGAAACAAAAGAAUCUCAGCACACAGAUAAAGGAAGACCUCACUGAAGUAAACAAAGAAGUUCUAGAUUUUUCUGUGAUGGAGAGAGUUCUUCGUAUUGCUAUUCACCUUCUUGCUUGGGUUGCUUCCCUGGGAACAGCAGCAGCUGCUUGUACUGGUGUUUACUUCCUCUCCGUUAAUAACCUCGAGCUGUUUAUGAAAGGGCAUAGAAAUGACCUAGAGGGCCAAGCUGCCAUGUUGGUGCUACCUGUGAUUGCUUCUCUCCUCAACACAUUGAUCCCAUUCUUCUUCUCCUGGCUUGGGCACCUGGAGAGGUUUCAGACUCCUGGACAGCACAUAUAUGUCACUAUUGCCAGAAUUAUCAUCCUGAAAAUGUCAGUUGUUGGAAUACUGAGCUACUACUGGCUUAACAUUGUGGCUACCUCAGAGUCGCAGUGCUGGGAAACUCUGGUUGGCCAAGAUAUCUAUCGUCUUGUUCUAGUUGACUUCAUAUUUUGUUUGCUUGGCUCUUUCUUUGGAGAGUUUUUACGAAGGCAGUCUCUGUGUACAUGCCUGGUGCAUAUUGCUGCUCCUCCUUACAAGGAGGCUGGCGUGUCCUUCUUCCCUUUGGAGAUGGAAACACAUGCAGGGAGGAAGACACAUUCUACUCUCAUGGAUUUCCUGAGAGUGAGAAUUAUUGGAACUACAGUCUGUGUGAGCCUGGGGCCGCCAGAAUUUGAUAUUGGACGAAAUGUUUUAGAUUUGAUCUAUGCACAGACUUUGACCUGGAUUGGUAUCCUGUUCUCACCUCUGCUGCCUGGUAUCCAGAUGAUAGCAUUUUUAAUAGUAUUUUUUGUGAAAAAGGUCAGUCUGGUGAGGAAUUGCCAGCCCCCUCGCAAAGUCUGGAGAACUGCUCAAAUGAUGACAUCCUUCCUGUUCCUGCUGUUCUGUCCUUCCUUCCUUGGAGUCCUGUCUGUCAUUGGAGUCACUGUCUGGAGGUUAAAACCUUCAGAAGGAUGUGGUCCUUUCAGAGGCUUGUCUUCUAUGUAUGCUGCAGUCUCUGAGUGGGUACAAAUACUGGAAAGUUACACUGCCUCGAAAUGGGUAGUGUGGAUCUACCACAACUUAAUUACAAGUGAACUUUUCUUCUUCAUCCUCUCUAGUAUUGUACUAAUUGUUACCUAUCUUUACUGGCAAAUAAUACAAGGAAGGAAGGCCAUGACCAAACGCUUACAUGAGCAGAUUAUUAAUGCAGGAAAAGAAAAGCUGCUUCUGCUUAAAAGACUACGGGCACAGCAACGGGCAACCCAAAGAUUGUCUGCGCUGAGAGGACAAGGCCAGCAGAGAAGAUCCUCUUCAUACCACCCACCCAGGCAACCUGCCCAGGAAGUGCCAGACUACCCCGGAAGGGCAUUUGACAGAAGUCAAAACACAUCCUACAAUGAGCAUCCCUUUUCUGCUGGGAUCUCGAGCAGCAGUGACUUUCCACCAGGCUGGGAGCCCGGCGGGCCCCGCCGCAGCCCCGGCGCGUCCCGGGCCAUGGAGCUCGCCCGGCGCGCCAGGGAAGCGGCUCUGGGGGCGGACGGCGCCGGAGGAUUCCAGCCCUGAGCACCGAGCGAGGGCACUGCCAGGCGUCUGCAGAAAGCAAUGCUCUCUUGCACUAACGACUGGAAGAAUCGCUCCAUUUUUUACCUCUUAACGGAAGAAAACAAUAGAAGAACAGAUGGCAAAACGCGUCGGGACUCCGGUUUAUUGCUGUGCUAGGGAAUACCCACCUGGCGGGGCUGCUUUGCAGCAGGGGCAUUUGGCGACAGCCUUACCCCAGGACUGGCAUCACCUCGAUGCAGUAAAGCUCUCCACAGCUGACCACGUGUUGUUGACUAAAUAUAAGGAAACUUGUGCCUAAAUGCAAAUAGAAGUUCUGUUUAAAAAAAUAUUAUAUCAGUUAUUUUGCUUAAAUGGCUUUUAUCUGAUCUGAACCAAACCUGAAGUAUUGGUCAAAUAAAGAGAAGGAUAUUAAAGUGCAGUUGUUUUUAAUGACUGAGAUGUUGUAAUGGCUGUGAAAUAACUUGUGUGAGCUGGGCUCAUUUUUCUGAGCCAUUUUUACUGUUUAUUACAGUCACUUAAAAGCAGCUUUAAUGAAGCUAUCAGAACUAAGAGUACUUAUCAAAAUUCUCAUCUGUGUAAAACUAUUGCUUGUAAACUGAAAGUUUACACAUCUUUUCCCAUAAAGGACUGAUUGGAAGUAA